AUGGUGGUUCAGGACAAGAAGCGGCUGUCCACGGGCAGAGGCGAAGACGCCGGGAUCGUAGCCAGGGCGACGCGAACCUUGUCUGAGUCGCGGAUCUUGGGCGCGUCGAAAGAAUUGGCCGGAGAGGCGGCGUACGUGGCGAAGAGACUGGCGAAGAGCACCGGGAAGGCGGCGUGGAUCGCCGGGACGACUUUUCUCAUCUUGGUAGUUCCGCUCAUCAUAGAGAUGGAUCGGGAAGCUCAGCUCACCGAGUUCGAGGCGCAGCAAUCCCACCUCCUCGGAGCUCCGCCGACUACGAUGGCCUGA